UCUGAGCUCGCACAGGGACAGUCUUCCCACUUUGGGUUGUAGAAUUCCCUUAAGACGGGCAGCCGGAUAUAAUUUCUUCAGCUGAAGACCUGCAGCCAAUCAUCUGAGUCUCUGACUGGGACAAAGUCCUUUUUACUGUGUCAUUUUACACUCCUUUGCUCCCCCCACCUUCACUCUGAAUGGUUUAAUGUUACACCCUCUGUGAGGCUUUACCUGCCCAGGUGAACUGCUCUGCUAAAAGUGAACGUCGCUCAUGAAGCCAUAUCUAUGCUGCUGAUGACUUCCUGACUGGAUUCAACGAGACAUCCCGACUCCAAAUGAGUAUCGAGGAGGAUAGUAUACAGCCAGAAGUUGUCAUGGCGAUGGCGGGGGCCUCUGCUCCACCCCUUUCCCCCUCAGAGUAUGGUCUUUUGUCUCCGCCUCCUGACCUGUGCGUCGCAUGUGGGCACAGCCACCAGCUGGAGGAGAACCACGAAUACCUCUACACAGACGAGGUGGACGACGACCUGGUCUGUCACAUCUGCCUGCAGGCGCUCAUCAGGCCUCUGGACACGCCCUGUGGACACACCUACUGCCAGGAGUGCCUCACCAGCUUCCUGCUGGAGAGCGACUUCUGCCCGGUGUGCCGCACGCCCCUCAUGCUGCAGAGCUGCAGGAAACCCAGUCUGCUGGUGCACAAGCUGCUGGACAAGCUGACUGUGGCUUGCCCCUUCACUGACUUUUGCACUGACACCAUGGCCCGUGGGGAAGUGGCAGACCACAUCAAAAGCAGGUAGGAGGAA